AUGGAGCCUGAAAAUUUUCAAGAAUCGAAGAGAAGGAGAAGAGGCCCAUUGGGCAGACCACUGGGUCGCGGUGCUCUUCUCAUCUCGGCGGCAGGUAGGACUUGGGGGUGGAUUUGGCUGCGGGCGGCGGCGACGACGGCGAUCUGGGGGAGGGGUAGAUUUGGCUGCGGGCGGCGGCGGCGGCGACGGCGGUCGCGCGCGCGCGGAGUGGGAGGUGCAGGGGCGCAGCAGUCGCCUGCGGCGGAGACCGGAGAGGGAAGCGGCGGCAGUCGCGCGCGCGCGGACGAAAAGGGAGGUCCCGUACUGGAGCGCUGGGCUUCUACCCUGUCAAAAUUACCUGCAGAAAUCAUGACGUCUACUGUCAGUGUCAAAGAUGAUAAAGAGGAACUGCUCUAUCCAACAGGAGGCCAAGAUUGAGAUUUUGAUUGGCAUUUGGCAAGCAAAGGAAUUCGACUAAACUGGUGGCUGAAGAGGGAGGCAGCAGGUGCAGAGGAACUGAACCACUUGGAAGGUUCCUGUUGUGGCUUAAUUCCGCUGUUCUUCUCCUCCUUGAUGUGUUCUGAACUAGUAACGCGUUGUGUCUGAGAAGAGACCCUAAGUGCCUGUAUAAAUCAAUUAAGUGUAAGAUGGCGGAGGGAAUUAAGAUGAUUUGUUACCUUGUAAGUUGUGGAUGGGAUUUUCUUCCUUCAAUAGACAAACCUAGAACGUUAAUUAAGCACAGAGCAAACUUAUAUGCACAAAAAUGGUACGUGGUCUGGCCAUGUUGUACACUUGAUUCAUAUUGUUUCUGGACAAAGUCUUUCGGUUGAGGGAGAAUA